UUAGCUGAUGGUAUAUACACAAAAGAUGGCACAGUCGAUUACAAAAACAAUCCUGCAAACAAAAGGGUUACAGGAAAAUGGAAGACCUGCUUUUUUAUUCUUGGUAACGAAUGCUGCGAAAGAUUGGCAUACUAUGGAAUGAGCACAAAUCUAUUGCUUUAUUUCAAGAAUAAUCUUCAUCAACAUAGUUCCCAAGCAUCAAAGAACCUAUCAAAUUGGUCCGGAACAUGUUAUGUUACGCCGUUGGUUGGUGCGUUUCUUGCUGAUUCCUAUCUUGGCAGAUAUUGGACCAUUGCCAUCUUCUCCAUCAUCUAUGUCAUGGGAAUGAGUUUAUUGACAAUAUCAGCGGCGGUUCCUGGGCUUAAGCCAACUUGUGUGUCAAAAGAAGAUUGCCACGCUACUGGUCUAGACAUUGCGUUAACGUAUGUGGCACUCUAUCUAGUGGCCUUAGGAACCGGGGGGAUCAAACCAUGUGUGUCAUCGUAUGGUGCGGAUCAGUUUGAUGAUGAGGAUGAGGCCGAGAAGGAGCAAAAGAGUUCUUUCUUCAACUGGUUCUAUAUUUCCAUCAAUAUCGGUGCACUCCUUGCGUCGUCGUUUCUUGUUUGGAUCCAAGCCAAUGUGGGUUGGGGUUGGGGGUUUGGUAUCCCGGCCGUGACCAUGGCAGUUGCUGUUGUCUCGUUCUUUUCAGGAACCAAACGGUACAGGAAUCAGAAACCAGGUGGAAGCCCGUUGACACGUAUUUGCCAGGUCAUUGUAGCUUCUUGGAGGAAACGUAGGGUCCAUGUGCCCGAUGACAAGUCCCUUUUGUAUGAGACCACAGAUGGCAAAUCUGCCAUCACUGGAAGCCGCAAACUUGAACACACUGAAUUGUUUAGUUUCUUGGACAAAGCUGCUAUUCAGUUACAAUCAGAUCAUGUCAAAGGAUCCGCCAACCCAUGGUGGCUUUGCACAGUGACCCAAGUCGAGGAACUCAAAUCCAUCAUCAAGCUGCUUCCAAUAUGGGCCACGGGUAUCAUCUUCAGCGCUGUCUAUAGUCAAAUGAGCAAUAUGUUUGUGCUGCAAGGUUCUUUCAUGGACAUCAAGAUCAAGAAAUUUGAGAUCCCACCAGCAUCACUCAGCAUUUUCGACCCCAUUAGUGUCAUUCUCUUGACCCUAGUUUACAAAUGGGUCAUUAUACCUGUUGCCCGGAAAUAUACAGGCCACAAAUCAGGCCUCACUCAGCUCCAAAGAAUGGGCACAGGUCUAGUUAUAUCAAUUUUCGCAAUGCUAGCUGCUGGGAUAUUAGAAGUCAUCAGGCUCGGGAUUGUUAAGAAAAACAACUACUACGAUUUGGAGCAUAUGCCCAUGACGGUUUUCUGGCAGGUCCCACAGUAUCUCUUGAUUGGUGCUGCUGAGGUUUUUACGUUCAUAGGACAAACAGAAUUCUUUAAUGAUCAAGCCCCUGAUUCUAUGAGGAGUUUGUGUUCUGCUUUAUCGCUCACAACUGUGGCUUUAGGAAACUAUUUGAGUAGCUUGCUGGUGACAAUUGUAACCGCGAUUAGUACUAAAGGGGGUAAGCCGGGGUGGAUACCAGAUAAUCUGAAUCAUGGACAGUUACAGAAUUUCUUCUGGCUUUUGACCGUUCUUAGUGUGUUGAAUUUGGGGGCUUAUCUUCUCGUGGCCAGGUGGUAUACUUAUAAGCGUUCAGUUGGGACUCUUCGCUAG